GGAGGCGAAGUUGGGCGGAGCGGCUGCCUGGGCGUCCUCCCCUUCCUCGGGGCCCCGCCGCAGAGAGCGCGAGCGGGGCUGGGCUGGGCUAUAGGCUAGCGGCGGCAGCGGCGGCGGCUGGAGCAGGGGCCGAGGAAGGAAGGAAGGGCUGGUGGCCGCGCUGCGCUCUGCCCGCCAUGGCGAUCCGCAAGAAGAGCAGCAAGAACCCCCCCGUGCUGAGCCACGAGUUCGUCGUGCAGAACCACGCGGACAUUGUCUCCUGCAUGGCCAUGGUCUUCCUGCUGGGGCUCAUGUUCGAGGUUACAGCAAAAGCAGCUGUUGUCUUUGUUACACUUCAGUACAAUGUUACCAUUCCUGCCACAGAGAAACAAUCUACAGAAACAGUCACAUUGUAUCACUACGGCAUCAAAGAUUUGGCUACGGUUUUCUUCUACAUGCUGGUUGCAAUAAUCAUACAUGCUAUCAUUCAAGAAUAUGUGUUAGAUAAAAUUAACAGGAAGAUGCACUUUUCCAAAACAAAGCACAGCAAGUUCAAUGAAUCUGGACAACUCAGUGCGUUCUACCUUUUCUCCUGUGUUUGGGGAACAAGCAUUCUUGUCUCUGAGAAUUAUGUAGCUGACCCAACAUCACUCUGGCGGGACUAUCCACAUACAUCAUUGCCGUUCCAAAUGAAAUUUUUUUACAUCUCCCAACUGGCAUACUGGUUGCAUGCUUUCCCAGAACUCUAUUUCCAGAAGACAAAAAAAGAAGACAUUCCUCGCCAGCUUGUUUACAUUGGACUCUAUCUUUUCCAUAUCGCUGGAGCUUAUCUGUUAAAUUUGACCCACCUUGGCCUUGUUCUUCUUGUGCUACAUUACUUUGUGGAGUUUCUGUUCCACAUCUCCAGACUGUUUUACUUCAGUGAUGAAAAAUAUCAGAAAGGGUUUUCAAUCUGGGCCGUCCUUUUUGUUUUGGGAAGACUUCUGACCCUGAUUCUUUCCGUCCUUACUGUUGGAUUUGGCCUUGCCAGAGCAGAGGAUCAAACAUUGGAUUUUAGUACCGGAAACUUUAAUGUGCUGCCCAUCAGAAUCAGCGUACUGGCAUCUAUCUGUUUCACACAGGCCUUUAUGAUGUGGAAGUUCAUCAAUUUCCAGCUGAGAAGGUGGAGAGAACAUUCUUCACCUCCCCAACCAGUGAAAAAGAAGUUUGCAACAACUAAAAGCAAGCCUUCCAAAAAAGAAAGAGAAAAUGGAAUAAAUGGAACAUUAACCUCAAAUGGAGCAGACUCGCCUCGCAGCAGGAAAGAAAAAUCCUCUUAAAACAGAACUUUAUUAAGUUAAUUGACUAAUAUCCCCAAAGAGAACUGCUUUUUACUUUGGAAAGUCCUUCAGCACCCGAGUUCCUACGGUUAACAAAAAUAAAUAAAAUUAAUACUUUUUUGUUAUUGCUACCAUAACGUUUGUGCAGCUUUUUAAACUGAAAAAGGGGGCCACAUUAUUUUUUUAGUAUCUUUGAAAAUGUUGUGAGUGUUAAUUGGAAUCCACUUGCCAGAAAUCAGUGAUACAAUCUGCCAUUCCUUCCAGCUUUACAGUGAUGAAUCUAGUCCAUUCCAGAAAAGACAAUAUGAAAUUCUUGUUUAAGGAGAAAUUGAACAUUUAAGUAAAAUAGUAAUGCCAUAUUUUUUUUAGAUAUUCUCUUAACACUUAGGUGUAUAUUUUGAUUUUACAGUUCCGAACAGAAUUUGUAAACUACCAAAAUAAUCCUUGUUACUUUGUAGACAAUCUCUACCCAUGAUUCAAGAAAUUCCCUUAUUAAAACACAGUUGGACUGA